AUUCCCUAUUUCCCUUCUCUGCUCUCACUUUUUCGGCACGCCUGCGAUUUACAAAUUAUGGGUCAGGGAACUCCGGGUGGUCUCAAUCGUCAAGGUCUUCCGGGAGACCGGAAACAGGAUGGUAGUGGCAAGAAGGAGAAGAAGUUUGAGCCGGCGGCACCGCCGGCACGUGUCGGUCGUAAGCAGCGAAAGCAGAAGGGACCGGAGGCGGCGGCUCGUCUGCCUACAGUGACGCCUCUGACUAAGUGUAAGCUCCGGCUGUUGAAGCUUGAGCGAAUCAAGGAUUACUUGUUGAUGGAGGAAGAAUUUGUGGCCAAUCAGGAGCGUCUCAAGCCUCAGGAGGAGAAGGCCGAGGAGGACAGAUCCAAAGUCGAUGACCUUAGGGGUUCGCCUAUGAGCGUUGGUAACUUGGAGGAGCUUAUAGACGAGAACCAUGCCAUUGUUUCGUCUUCGGUCGGGCCGGAGUACUACGUGGGAAUCUUGUCCUUUGUGGAUAAGGAUCAAUUAGAGCCUGGAUGUGCAAUUUUGAUGCACAAUAAGGUGCUUUCCGUUGUUGGGCUUCUUCAAGAUGAAGUUGAUCCAAUGGUCUCCGUUAUGAAGGUUGAGAAAGCUCCUUUGGAAUCUUAUGCUGACAUUGGUGGUUUAGAUGCUCAGAUACAGGAAAUCAAGGAAGCAGUUGAGCUUCCCCUGACACAUCCUGAGCUAUACGAAGACAUCGGUAUCAAGCCUCCUAAGGGGGUCAUAUUAUAUGGGGAACCUGGAACAGGGAAGACUUUGCUUGCAAAGGCUGUGGCAAACUCUACAUCAGCAACAUUUUUACGUGUUGUUGGUAGUGAAUUGAUACAGAAAUACUUGGGUGAUGGUCCAAAGCUUGUGAGGGAACUUUUCAGAGUUGCUGACGAUCUUUCCCCUUCGAUUGUCUUCAUUGAUGAAAUUGAUGCUGUAGGUACAAAGAGGUAUGAUGCCCACUCUGGUGGGGAGCGUGAAAUUCAAAGGACAAUGUUGGAGUUGUUGAACCAGUUAGAUGGUUUUGAUUCAAGAGGAGAUGUUAAAGUGAUUCUAGCUACCAACAGGAUUGAGAGUCUUGAUCCUGCUUUACUGCGACCUGGUCGUAUAGACAGGAAGAUAGAAUUUCCUCUUCCUGAUAUCAAAACAAGGAGACGCAUCUUCCAGAUACAUACAUCGAGGAUGACGUUAGCUGAUGAUGUCAACUUGGAAGAAUUUGUCAUGACUAAGGAUGAGUUCUCUGGUGCUGAUAUAAAGGCAAUUUGUACUGAAGCUGGCUUACUUGCGUUAAGAGAACGCCGUAUGAAGGUAACGCAUGCGGAUUUCAAGAAGGCAAAAGACAAGGUGAUGUUCAAGAAGAAAGAAGGGGUGCCAGAAGGACUUUAUAUGUGAAAUAUAAUCUUGCGCCAUUUCAGACUUGGUUCUAAUGCUAUUGUUCAGCCAAAAAUUUUUAUUUGUUUGCGUCGUGGAGAUUCAUCCGCACUAGUUGUUGGGCAUGACAGCAUGGUAUUUGAAUGUGAACUAUAUUGAAAUUUAGUUGAUCAUUUUGUUCACUGUUAAUUUCUAGUCUCAUUAGCUAAU